AUGAAUCUGGAAAGCGAACACCAAACACUCUGGGACAACUUCUGGUCAAACGGACCCGAAUACAGCUCUAAUCAUUCCGAGCCCCUGCACCUCGUCCAACAUAUCAAAACCAUCGAAGUGAACGACAGUUGGCUUGCUCCAGCGUCGGCCAUCAAAGUGCCUCCUGUGAUGCAAGGCGAUAAAAAUGAAAGGCUAGAGAGCGAAGUUCUUGAGCAGCAAGACAAAAUUCCAACGCAGCUCCGUUGUCUCGAACUUUCUCAGAAAAUCCGGGACGCUCUUAUCUCCCUUAAUGCGAAUUCGGUAACGAAGACCAAUCCUGCGUUGAUCAUUCGGAAGGAAUACAUUGAGUUCUUCCAGUGUGCCCUGGACGGCAUUGAAGCGGGGAAAAGGAAUCGUUUUUUCGUGACAGGCAAGACCUUCCUCUCCUAUUACAUCGUGUUACGACUUCUCGCAUCAGGGACUCCAUUCUUUCUCGUGAAUGAAGCUUCCUCCGCUUACCACUUCUCAACGGAUGGUGUCCAACGUUACAGCCUCAUCGACCGCACAAGAUCUUUGCACGAGAAACUAGUGACGAGCUGGGUCAUUAUUGACAUUGACGCGGAAUGGACCAUACCCCCUCUGUUCAUGAACCCGUUGUGUUUGGUUUGGACGUCAUCGCCCGUCCAUUCCCGCAUGAAGCGUAUGCGCAAUCACUUUUCUGCGACCAUUUGGUACAUGCUCCCAUGGGAUACCACAGAAAUUGUCGCGGCCACGGAAUUGCUUGGGUUAGAACCAAAGGUAAUAACGAAAAUGUACGCUAUGUAUGGUCCAGUCGCCCGAGAUCUCUUCGACACAGCAGUAACAACGGAGAGAGAACGAAUCGAGGCUGCUCAAAUGCAGAUCAAUGAGAUGAUCACGGAUGCCAGGCACUUUCUUUUGACGGAGGAGAACCUAUCGGGUGUCCAGCCCAGUCAUCAAAUCUUCUUGAUCCGACCUCGGCGAAUGUUUGAUGACGGACGACAUUACUGGAGCAGAAGUCAAUACGACGCUGAGUUUCGUUCAGAAUUCAUGGCACAGAAGUUCGCCGAGUGUGCACAACAGCACUUGGACUUAUUGCAAUUCAACAUUGCAACGGCGUUCAACAUGAGUUCGACGCGGGGUUUGGCUGGGAAGAUGUUCGAAACACUCAUUCACCGCGCCAUCGUUUUCAACCAGACCCUUCUGCCCGACGUGUUCGGUCGUGUUUCCGCUCCAAGCAUAAGCAUCACAGGCUCUACAACAAAGUUUUCCCUUGCUUUCGAUCCAGCAAGACAAGCGCUGCAGUUGCCUUUGUACCUGCAUCCAACAGCUCAUAAUUUCGGGGCUGUUGACGCAAUUAUCGUCACCAAUGCUUCGAUUGGCUUGUUGCAAAUUUCACUCAGCGCAACCUUCUAUCGACGAGAUUUUGGUGCGAUGCUGGACAUUCUCGACUGGAUGAAAACUGGUGCGGUCUGUGAUCAACCGAUUUACUAUUGUCUUGUUGGAUUCAACAUAGACAACAUCCGACGUCUGAUGUCCCAAGCAUCCAAGUCGCUGGAAGAGGCGAAGGAGAUGGAUGCGGAAGAGCUCAGCAAGGCGUUUCCCACCCGAGAUCAAGUUGUAGCUCACAAGCACCUGGCUAACUUCCAAGUUGUUGGGUAUAUUUUUAACAGACGGGAAGGAUUCAUCAGGGUAUGA